CUAAAUAAAAUGUACACAAAGUAAAUAAGUUCUUGUACAACAUUUCUUGACAGGGCUUUAAGCCUGGUCCAACAAAUGAGAUGGUGGUGUUGUCAGCUAGCCCAAGGAGAGAAGAUUGGCUGAAGGGAUCAGGAGUAACUUGUACAAAGGGGCCUGUGACCGGAACUGUGACCUUCCAGACAUGUCAGUUCUGCGUGUGAAUGAGAUAUAUACCAAGGAAUGCCAAGGGAAACUGCUCCACCCAUAACAAGAAUGGGAAUAGCAGGGGAAGUACCACUGGUGGACAGUGCCUUUGGAAAAGUUCAAGAAGGGAGUUUUCUGUCCUAUCACCUUCCAGCAUGGAGUCCACCAAACACUUGCCCACAUACCACCACACCACCACGACCAUGCUUACCCCUUUAUGGCUACUGUCUGGGUCCCUCAGUGUGCUGUUUUGUGUUAAGCUACCAUCAGCAGCUGCACAUGAAUUCUCUAGCAACAUCAGAGGUCAUGGCGCACCAAAUUGAGAAAAGCACAAGACAGCAAAGCACGCUGAAGGAAUGGCAUCAAUUAAGAAAGCCACGUGUGACUUCCUCUAGAUUCAGAGAGGUUUGCCAUGUGAGAGGACAGUCCUCAGCAGAGAACCUGGCACUGAGAAUUUUGCGGCCAGGCUAUCAGAGUGGAGAAAUGAAGAGGGGCCUUCAGAUGGAGCCCAAAGCAGUGGAGGAAUACUGCUUUGUUAAGGAGGUAAAUCACUACCCUUGUGGUUUCAUCAUCCACCCUGAUGCACCUUGGCUUGGCUCAUCACCAGAUGGGUUGGUGUAUGACCCUAAAGCUGAACCUGUGUUUGGACUGCUGGAAGUGAAGUGCCCAAAUGUGAGAAGCUAUGUAGACUGUGCCAACCUUAGGGUCUCCGAUGGAGUGCUACAGCUCAAACAAUCUCACGCAUACUACUGGCAGAUACAGGGCCAACUACUCAUCACUGGUUCAGAAUGGUGUGAUUUUGUUGUUUACGCUGAAGAUGACAUGUUUAUUCAAAGAAUGUUCAGAGAUGGGAGAGUCAUAAAAACAGUCAAACAAAAGGUUGAUUACUUUUACUUUUACUUUUACCUACCUGUGCUUUUGGCUUGAAAAUUUCCAUUAUUAACUUUCAAUCAGUUCAUAUGUUUUGGUUCAGAUUUUAUUGCUCAUUUUUACAAAUCCAUACAAAACUUUAACUGAUAUGUAUUGUUCACUGGUACAAAUCUCUACAAAUGUAGAGAGUCUAUUGUUAAUUUUUACAAAUCUUUACAACUUUACAAAUUUCAAAUAGUUUGGAUUUCAUUACAUUUCUGAGCAGUUUUCAUGUGCUCACUAUUGCCAUCUGCCACAAAUAUAUUCUAUUCUAUUAGAAUUCUAGUAUACAAUUGUAGAGCCGAGGAGCGCGGGGCCAGGCUGGAAUGAGCCACACCCGGUCCCCAAUCAGCUUGAUGGGGUGCGCGAGGGAUAAAGGCGGCCAGGGACGACAGUUCGAGAGAGAGAGAAUUGCAGGCAGCUGUACUGUGUGUUUAUAGUUAUGUGUUUUGUUUAAAUUGUUUAUUAAAUUAUUAUUUAACUUGUCAAGCCGGUUCUCGCCUCCUCCUUUCCACUGAACCCCCUUACAUUGGUGCCGAAACCCGGGAAGGAGGAGGGAUUCCCGUCGCAGAGUCCUCGACACUGCCGUCCACCCAGGGGAGCGCCACUGCCGUCCGACGGGGGACAGAGUAGCCCGACCACCCGGACGCGGGGAACGGCCGCCGUCCGCAAGGCGAGUGGGGACGGGACUCCCCGACUGCCUAGAGCGAGGGAGCCGCUGCCGGGGGCGGAGGAGUGCCCUGCUGUCCCCCGGGAACGCGGAGGGGUCGAGAGAAGACCGCCGUCCGCGGGAGGAGGAAGGAAGCGACUCCCCGACCGCCUGGAGUGGUAGGGCCACUGCCAGGGGCGGAGGAGUGUCCCCACGGGACGCCGGGAACGCGGAGGGGCGUUCUGUCUGCUGGGGGUCGGAGGUCUGACUCCGGUCCGCCCGGGGAAGAGCGGCUGCAGUCCGCCUGAGAGGGUGGAGUAGUGAUCGAGGUCCACACGAAGGCGCAUCAGAGAACCGGUCGAGGAAGGCGGGGAUGACCCGCCGGCAGUCGGGGCGUAAGGCACGCCCCCCCCGGAGAGGAAGGGUGGGGGAUGUACGUCAUGCCGGGGGCUCCCCGGCCUGAGGCAACGCCGGGAGGAGUGUAGAGCCGAGGAGGGCGG